CCGAAGGAUCGGAAAUGGACUACGUACAAGAAGAACCUCGUUGAGCUUUACAAAUUGGAGGAUAACAAGUAUUCCAUCAAGGACCUUGAAACAAUGACUCAAGAUGAAGAUGAGAGCGUACGGCCAUUUGGGAUGCAUUUCCAGAACAUCUCCGACGUGCUGAUGAAGAAGGGGAAGAUCUCAAAGGUCGAGCGCUGUACUAUCUUCAUCGGGCACUUGUCCAAAGGCAGGCAGAAGAGUAUACAAAGAGAUCUUCCGCGCCGCAGGCUUGAUUUCCCAGAAGUCCUAAAGCUCGCGAUAAAGGCAGAGGCAGACGAUUACAAGGACUUGGUGUGGAGAGGGAUGAGGAGACGUGACUUCUCUCUCUACAAGGAGUAUGCCACUGAUAGAUGUCCUGAUUUCAAAGACUAUCCCUGGUCGGAGAAGAAUGAGGCCGUGGCUGAGGAAGUAAAGGAGAUACGGGACAUGGUGAAGGGAUUGACGAGACAGGUUACAGAGAUUGUGACCACUACAGGGGCCACGGCCUACCGGGAUAAACCUGGAGGUCCCUAUUCACUUCGCUGGGACCGUAGGAACAACGAUUCCUGGAGGAGUGUCGAGGAUAGAAAUCCUCGGACGCUGACUGAUUAUCGGGACCGCCGGAAUGAUUCGCGAAGGCAGUACGAGCAAGGAGGAUCUGGAGGAGACCGCCGCAACGAUUCGCGCGGUCGGAGUUUGAUCUUGAGAAGCGCAAACGACAGGCCAUCUACUCCCAGGUACUCAUGCGUUUACUGUAGAGGAGAAGAUCAGGGAUUGCCCGGACUUAAACGGGCAAUAGAUGAGGGACUUGUCGUGCUUGACGACCGCAAGUACGUGAAGUGGGCUGAUGGUCUGGGAGAUGUAUCGAUGUUCCCUUCGAUGAAGGAGAAUGUCGAAGCGAGGAGAGUAAAGCCGAGCAAAGAAAUGGAGUCGGUCAUGAGCCAGAGCAUCAAGAUAACCUUUGAGGGGGAUAUGGCGACCACACCCAUAAGGGUGGCAGCCACCAAGUCGGCGAGAGGGUCUACAUCGAAGAAGACUGACAUGGAUUACGUGAUGACGGAGAAGGACGGGCAGCGGAUCGAUGGAGAGGAGGUUAUCCUUUCGCCGCGAAGGAGGGGAGUGAAGAAGUUCUUAAUGAAGAGUUUGCUGGACGAGAUUGACACGGAGUACCUGGCGGCAUUGAAGCCGGCUCGUGAUGAGUUACAGAUGAUCUCGCGGAAGACUCGCAUACCUCUAUCGGAGGAGGGUCAGGGGGCCCCUAAGGCGGAAGCUACUACAGUAGCAGUAACGGGGGUGACUGCCAGAGCAGAUCGGAUGGCGACAGUCCUUCUCGAUGAAAUGGAAGGUGUGCCUCCAGACAAGUUUUAUAUACUUGGUAGCGGGGCCGUGGAGACGAUUAUAAACGAUGGAGCGAUAGUCGAUGCUGUGAUCGAUAACCGCUGUGAGGUUGUCAUUAUAGACGAGGACCUGGCAAUACAGGUUGGACUAGGCCUCGAUAGGUCAUACCUAUUCGAGAUAGAGACAACUGAUGUGAGAAAGCAACAGAUCACUGGGGUUUGUCACAAGGCAGCCAUAGAGGUCCAAGGGGUACAAGUGACCCUGCGUGUCUUUGCAGUCAAGAACUGCAACUCCGACCUGCUCUUGGGACGAACGUGGCUGAGCCACGUGCAUGCGGUGACGAUAGAGCGACCUGAUGGGAGCCAAACAUUGUCCAUUAGGAAGCCAGACGGGACGCGGAUAAUGAUUGAGACAGUGGAGCCUCGGGACCCGAGGAACAGAACAACUCUCGCUGUGGGUGCAAGACCCAGUGAUCAGAUUAAGUCGUUACCUAUCUCCGGCCGCGCGGUGCGAUUUCGCGAGAAGAAAUAUGGACCACUGCUCACAGAGGAAGAAGGUCGGAUCGUGGAGGUGAAAGAUUUAGGGAGUCGGGUAAUAGUGGACGGCGACUCGUACCCAAAGGAAAAAGAUGAGGAAUUUGGCGGUGUGGUGUCCGUGACUAUUUUAAGGGCACGACCUCCUAUGGGGGGCUACCCAAGCGACACAAGCGAGUAGCUCAAAAAGUUAAGCCUGCGGCGGUGGGCCGCGAGCGAUCUGCACUGGAAGGGAUAUCGGAAGAAGAGAUCGUGAAGGAAAUCAAUGAAAGAAAGAAAAAGGAGCCACAACGCCUAACGGAAGAGAGGAUAGCAGGGAUGAGCAUCGGAGAUGGAAAUCUGACCCCACAGGAGCGAGAACGCGUGAUAGAAAUUAUGAAGACAUGUGAUAAGGCAAUAACUUUCAGCAACGCGGAGCGUGGUAGGAUUGACCCUCAAUACGCUAAGCCAGCGAGAAUUU